AUUCAACAGAAGACAUUCUAGCUGUUCGUUCACUUGAAAACAGAGCAGUAAACACAGAAUGUUUCAAGGCUUGUUCAAGCAACCUUUCGAAGUCAAAGAAUAUGAGCCGUCUGCUCUUCUGGAUCGACCGUGGAGAGAACUGUACUGGGGAAACGUACAGGAGGAUCGUCAGUAUGUGCAGGAAUACAAGCCUGCACAAGAUGACAUCAGGUACCUUCGAGUCCUCCUGUACGGACCUGUUGGUGCUGGGAGGUCCAGUUUCAUCAACUCUGUCAGUAACGUCAUGCGAGGACGGAUGUCGACUCCUGCUUUGGCCUGUGCCGGUUUUCUCCCCUUUACCAAAACGAAAUAG